UCACUUCCUUUCCUGCGGCCUCCACGGCAACGACUCGUGCGAUGCAAACGAAGCAGCCCCAGCGCUGAUCCUGGUCUUGCUGCAUCAUCCUUCUCAAGGGCACCCGCAGUCCACCUAUAACGGGGCCGCAGCAGCCGGGACUUCACAAUGUGUCGGUGGUUCGCGUACAUCUCGGCAAGCGAGCCUUGUCUCCUGGAAGACGUCCUCAUCAAUCCCAAGCACUCCCUUGCAAAUCAGGUCCAUGAUCAUUAUCUUCCAAGGCUCCUUCCGCACGAUGCCACUCCGUCCGAGGAACAAGAUGCCAAAGCUCGCAAUAUGCUCUUCAACAUUGACGGGCUAGGCGUGGCGUGGUACACUUCUUCCAAUUCGGACUUCGAGAGAGGUAAUACCGCUCAAAAGAAAGAUGAAAAAGAGGGGCUACGACCUGCGCUGUACAAAACCAUUCAGCCUCCCAUGAACGAUAUGAACUUCCGAUCUAUCUGCGCAAACACCGAGACCAGAGUCUGCUUCGGACACAUCCGUGCGGCUUCGAGUACAGCCAUUACCCCGGUGAACAACCACCCCUUUGUCUUUGGGAGACAUGCCUUUAUGCACAACGGGGCAGUUAGCGACUUCCUCACCAUCUGCCGCGCAGUCAACGUCAAGCUCAGCGACGCAGUCUUCGCCAACAUCUUCGGCUCCACCGACAGCGAGCACAUCGCCGGCCUCUACAUGACCUACCUGACCAACGGCGGCGACAAGACCUCCUUUGAGAAAGAGUACCCUGCCCACGAAAUGGCCGCAGCAAUGCACAAAGCCAUCGCAACAAUCAUCGACCUCCAGCGACAAAUCAUUGGCGACGACAAACGCCUCCCCAACUCCCUCAAUCUCUGCGCCACGGACGGAGUGAGAUUAGUCGCCUGUCGCUUCCGCAACCACAAAACUUCCCAGCCGCCAACGCUCUACUACAGUUCCAAAGCCGGCACGACGCUGAACAGAAAGUUCCAUGAUCAUCCCGACGGCAUUAAGAUUCCGGGCGUGACGGAUACAGGGAAGGAAGCUGCUGCGCAUGGAAAGCACGUUAUUGUUGCCAGCGAGCCUUCGACGUACAAAGUGGAGGAUUGGGAGCUGAUUCCGAAGAAUCAGUUCAUUGUUGUUGAGGCUGAUGGUGAAUUCAAGUUGGCGGAUCUACCUUAUAAGACAGAGUGGGCUGCGGAAGAUCAUGAUACGGGAAAGAAGUUGGACUGAGGGCGGCAAGUGAGUAGAUGGGACGAUGAUGGUAUUCCCUAGGUCAAUAUCUCAGUGUACCGCGCUUAGCCUAGAGCCUGAUCACACUCUUUGCCACUGCCUCUCUUCAGUCCAACUCUAGCAAACAGCAAGUGUCAAGUCACG